AUGGCGGCGCACGGGCCUGUGACUGCAGGGGGUGGGGGUAUGGCGAUUCUGCGCCUCUGGACGCGGGAGAUCGCGUCUGGCCUCGCAGCCCUGCACGCGCUCGACAUCGUUCAUCACGCGCUGUGCCCCGCACACGUGCUCGUGCUUCCCGACGGACACGUACGCAUCGCGGGCUUGGACCGCGCGGUGCGGGGAAGGUGCUGCGUCGACCCUGGGUCCACGACGGGCGCUGUGCCGCGCGGCGGGCGUCGGGAUAGCGUGGUAUUGCCCGCGGGGGACGUGGCGCUCCUCGGGCUGGGACUGGACGCCGUGGAGCGGGAGGCGCCCUCGCGAGACGAGGGCGAGCGGGAGUGGGAGGAGGCGCCGGAGGUGCUGCUUGGGUGGGCGCACGGGCUCGAAGUCGACUGGUGGGCCUAUGGUGUCGUGGUUGGCUGGAUGGCGUGGGGUCAGCAUCCCUUCGUUGGCAGGAGUGAGCGCGGGGCGGGGAGGAUCUCGUCGGCAACGAUGCGCGCGCGGAUUUUGAAGGGGCCGGUGCCCGAUGAUGCGAUGGGUGGUGGUUCGGAGGACAUCGCGCAAGGAGCGGUCAAGGGGUUGGUCGAGGAGGUGCGCGUUGUCUUUGAGAUAUUCCGGCACUGUGACGUCGUUGUUUCUGACGCGCCGGUGCGGUGCAGUGCCUCGAGCGGAACCCGUCGAAGAGGGCAGAUUUUGAACGCGUGA